AUGACAUCCAGCUUGAACAGUAAUAAUAGUAGCAAUAGUAAUGGCAGCAGCAGCAGCAGCAUUGUACCACAAGCCAAAGCCAUAAAUCUAGAGACUUUCCACCAUGACACGAUAGUACACCACGCAAAAGAUAACCUGUACUGGUUCUACGAGAAAUCAAAAGAGUCAUUCCCCGGGCAAGCAUUCGGGUUGGAGGUCGUGCUGGUGCUCUAUCACACAAGAUCGGAAUUUCAAGACAUUUUAAUAUUCAAAUCGUCAACUUUUGGGAAUGUUCUCGUGUUGAAUGGUAUAAUCCAAUGUACAGAAAAGGACGAGUUUGCGUAUCAAGAGCUAAUCACGCAUAUCCCAAUCAUGUCCCAUGCUAGCCCCAAAAGAGUAUUGGUGAUUGGAGGCGGCGAUUGCGGCGUGAUUCGAGAACUAGUGAAACAUGUCGAGGAUCACACGGUGGAAACGAUAACCAUGGUUGAAAUCGACGAUAUGGUGAUUAAAUUGUCGACAAAGUACCUACCGCAAAUGGCCAAGUUCCACAACCACCCAAAAGUCAAGCUAGUCAUUGACGACGGGUUCAAAUUCCUUCGAGAAACCAGCGACAAAUUCGACGUGAUAAUCACAGACUCGCUGGAUCCCGAGGGGCCAGCUCAAGAGUUUUUCGAAGCAAACUAUUUCAAACUACUUUCGAGUGCAUUGAACAAAGACGGCAUCGUGAUUAUGCAAUCGUCGGAAAACAUAUGGUUGGAAAUCGCGUAUCUAAAAGAAUUGAAACUGAAAGCUUCGCGAGUGUUCAACAAUGUCAAAUAUUGCCAGUGUUACAUGCCGAGCUAUACCUCGGGGCAAUUGGGGUUGAUUGUAGCCUCCAUGGAUCCAAAUAACGACUUGACGGUGCCCUUGCGGAGAUUCGAUCGUAGAAAGGAGUCAAAGUUGUUCAAAUACUAUAAUCUGAGGGUUCAUAGUUCUGCAUUUAUAUUACCGACUUGGGCUGACGACUAUAUCAAUGGUGAGGAAUAA